CUGAUACGCGUUUCUGCUGCGAGAUGUAAACUGAACUAAGCAGGGUUUAUACUUCAAACAAACUUAACGGUCAGGCCGAGUCUUUAUCCGCCAAAAUUAUCACAAAGCUCUGCCAAAUAUUGUCAAAUGUACAAGCUUCUCAAAACCGGCCAUGACAAUCUCUAUCCUGUCCUCAGAAUCCACUUCCAAAACCCAAAAUUUCUCAUACCAAUUUCGCAAUUUCACAGCCUCAGCGAAACCCUAGCUCCCAAUCCAAAGCUGGACUUCAUAGUGAAUGAAGUUAAGGAGCUUCAAUCGUCAAAAGACUCAAAACCCACAUACAAGAUCACCCAAUUGGCUUCAGACACCGAUGACCCGUCCGAUCGGGGAAGCCUGACGAAUGUGGAAGAUUGUACGGUGCAGAUUUCGCAUCCGUGGCGGGAAUGGGUGGAGCUGAUGGAGUGCUUGUUGAAAAGAGGCUACUUUGAAGGAGACGAAAACCCGUUUCGGAAUGCUGAACUGGGUCCAAAGGAAUCGAAUCGUAUACGAACAGCAUGCCUGAAUUUUGCUCGGGACCGUUGUAGUCUUACAAGGCUAUUGUCAAGGAAAGAUAUCCGGACCAUUGCAGGAUGUGGAUGCCCGAGCUUAGAUAGGAAAGUUGUCAACUCGGGAAAGCGUCUAAGGGCACAUGUGGGCAUUAAUGAAGGAGAUGUCUGCAGCUCCUGCAAUUUGAGAGGAGAAUGUGAGAGAGCAUAUGUGAAGGCACGUGAAGAUGAAGGUGGGCGUACUGUGGAUGUCAUGCGUUUCUUGUUAACGUAUGGGCUUGAUCCCAUUACUGGUACAGUGGAGAACAAGCCAUGUCUAAACCAAAUGGUCAAAGAAUCAGUGAGAAGGCUACUGAAAGAGAUGGUAGAUUACAGCAAUGAGAACCUUGACUCCAAUCUCCCAAAGUCUACAAGUACAACCAUGAAAAGGGUUGCAUCAAUGCCAAACCAUUCAAUUUCACAAGAAAAAUUGCAGAUAAAUGUUCCAAUGAAGCAAGGCGACUGGCUUUGCCCCAAAUGCAACUUCCUAAACUUCGCCAGAAAUAUCAAGUGCCUACGUUGUGAUGAACUUUCUGAAGAAAGACUGGCAAAACUAAGGGAGGAUCAGGAUCAUCUUCCAUUGAAGAAGGGCGACUGGAUAUGUGACAAAUGCAAUUUCUUAAACUUUGCGAAGAAUGGUAGAUGCUUACAAUGCAAAGAGAAGCCUCCAAAGCGGCAUAUAAAUCCUGGAGAGUGGGAAUGCGACUCUUGCAAUUAUAUUAACUUUAGGAGAAACAUGGUGUGCUUAAAAUGUGAUCAUAAAAGACCUAAGGCAGCACAUUCUUCAGAGGCUUCUGCUGAACCUGUACGUGAAGAUGGAGGCUACCCUAAUAAUAACAGUUUGAGUUUUGUCGGAGGUGACUCUGACGUUAAUGAUCAAUCAUAUGCGUUGCAAUAUAGGCAAAGUCAAGAUAGAGGUGUCGGCAUGUGGAGAUUUGUGGAUGAAGGAGAUGACGACCGUAGUCAGUUAAAGUCAUGGAAUGAGGCUUCUAGAUUUGUAGAUUUCCCCAUUGCAGGAGGUAAGACCGAGCUGUCUCAGAAUCCGCAGAAGAGGGACAAAUGGAAGUUGAAGAUGUUAGAGAGGAGCAAAGGCGGCAUGAGGGAUAUGGCAAACGAUGAUGGAUCUAGGUCUGCCAGUAUGCCAAGAAGCUUAGAGCUUUCUGAUUGCACAGAUGAUGAAGAGAUGUCUGACUGGUUUGGGGAUGGAAAGCUAGAAACAGCUAGUGCUCUAUCUGAACCUAAGAAAUACGAUUUUUGAAUUGAAAUCUUUUUAGGUGCAUAUUUGUAUCAAUUUGAUUUUGAACACAGGCCAUAUAAGCUUUUUGAAUUCAAAUAAUCUACAUAACCUUUGAGGAAGAUAAAUUACCA